AUGCAUAUGCCCAUGCAUAGAAAGAUCCAUAUGGUGUGCCGCGUUCCUUCGCGGAGGCGGGAGCGUGUGUGGGUCUCGAAUACGCCUUAUAUCCUUGACAGUCAGGACAUGGCUACACCUCUCAAUGCAAUGCAGGAGAACACGAUUACGUCUGGCAUGAUGAAGAUACACGCUUGUGCAUGGGCUCAGGAGAAGACUUUCCACCCCCAUCUUUCAUAG